AAAACAGCUUACAGUACUUACACUCCUUGUAUAUCACGUUUAGCUCUUUUUGCCAUUAAGUGACUCCCAAAAAGAAGGAAAAAAAAGGGGAAACAUGGAAUAUAAAGGUAACGAAACAUCUGCAGAAAAUACUUCUUUCCUGCCCAACGUCAACAUGAUCAAGUGCACCUUCAGGGACAAGAACAAGUACACGGUGUAUUCCGUCGUGUAUGGCAUGGUGUUCGCCAUUGGCUUGGUGACCAAUACUGCAGCCCUUUACAUAUUCUGUCGCUUGGCUAAAAAGAAGCGCGUUUCCACGGCGUUUCUGAUGAACCUGGCCAUCGCCGACCUCAUUUUCAUCCUCACCUUGCCCUUUCGGAUUUUCAGCUACCAGACGGAGACCAGCUGGCCCUUCCUGGACGUGGCCUGCAGGGUUUCCACCUACCUCUUCUACAUGAGCAUGUACUGCAGCAUCUUCUUCCUCGCCAGCCUCGGCGUCUGCCGCUAUCUUGUGAUGGCCGGGCGCGUGAAGUUCCAGAACGAGCUGCUGUACCGGUGGGCUCUGGCUCUGUGCUUUGCCGUGUGGAUAUUCAUCGCUGCGGGCGUGAUCAUCUACGCGUCCUUCUCCAACGGCUUUCGGAUAGAGGCGGGAAAAUGCUUCGAGCCGGCAGAACCUUCCUCGUGGGAGCUCCUGUACUACAUGAAUUUCUAUGCCCUCGUCAUCGGAUUUGUGAUCCCCUUUGUCAUUCUUCUCAUUUGCUACGCCCUAAUGAUAAAGCACAUAGCGCAGACCAAGACACAGAAGAGACGCAGAGACGUGGCCAUGAUCUGUCUGGUUUUAACUGUGUUUUGCAUCUGUUUCCUGCCAUAUCAUGUCCAACGGACAUUGCAUCUGUACUAUGUAGUCUAUCAUCAUGAUAACUGUGAACUUCUCAUCACCUUACAGAAAACAGUUGUUGCCACCCUGUGCUUUGCAGUUGCCAACAGUUGUAUGGAUCCCCUGCUCUUUGUUUUUGUGGGACAAGGGUUCCUACCCAUGCUGAAAACUCUUUUGAGAAGUUGCUGCUUGGGCUUCUCAAAUGGCACCCCUAUCAGCACAUCAGCAGCCACUGAUAAUCCCGAAAAUGUGAUCACCGUGGCCACAACUGAAAUCUAGCUCAUCCUUUCACCUUGCACUUGCAAGUUUGUUGGAAUGAGAGACCCAUCUCUAAAAUGUUCUGGUGCUUCCAGAAAUCCCCUCGACUUGUGGCUUCCCUGCAGCACGAAUGCAAAAAUUAAACAACUGUGCUGCCAUCAGCUGUUUAUAAUGCAUUUUAUUUCCAUAAAGCUUAGGCGCAGCUAGAGCCAACUGCACAAACAUACAGUAUUCAAAUUGUCUGCGUUCUUUAAACACUGAAGCCCUUUCGCAAAACAUUCCAUAUUUUCUUACGAGCUUUGUUUUUAAUAUUGGAAAUGCUCCAUGCUCAUAGUUAUAAAUUCCUAUUACUUAUCUCUUUUCACUGUAAGCUUUCAAUGCAGCGAUUUUAAUAAAGAUAAGAUUUAAUGUAGUGUUUUGUUUUUCAGAAGUACUGCUUGCAUGUGAGGCAGGUUGUCUUUUCUGCAUAUUAGGCAGAUUCAAUAAAUACAGCUCUAAUUGAAAGCAUUCCUAAAUUCCUAAGUAUUGAGCUAAUGUUUUGGUGAUGUUAAAAGAGUAUCUUCAGGCAACAGUGGAUGAACUGGGAGAUACACAUUAUUGUUCAGGACCUGUGAACAACCAAUGUAUUUAUUAAGCAUAGUUCAGUUGCUCCAUAACCAAACACCAACCACAAACAGUGCAAAGGAUAUUUGCUAAUAUUUAAAAAAGUAUUUUGUAAAACAUUUUCAUGACACAAUUUGUUGACCUCUUGGUGGGUUGUUUCACUGAAUCAACCUUUUCUCACAAGUAUACUCUUUCAUCUAAUCCUGCCCAUUUACAGGAGUGCUUUGGUUUCUCUCCCAAUAGUAAGAAAACAAAACUCCUUAAGAAAGUUUGGAUCCUUUUCAUGAGAUCGCAUGUCACUCAACAAUAUUCCAGUAAAACAAAAAAAAAAUGAAGUGGUUGGAAAAGACUCAAGACUGCUCAGUUCAAGUGCCAUAAAGAUAAUACUUUAAGAUUUAUUGAUUACAUUCUAAGCCUUCCAAUGGAUUGCCUUUAAAUGACUAUGGCCAGUUUCACUGAAAAUCUGUCUUAAGAAGGAGCUUCGCUGUGAAAAGAAAUUAAAUGUUGUCCUUUUGUAAAUAUUAAGGUAAUUCAGGUUUUCCUACAUACUGUUCUCUGAAGAAAUGUCAGACUAUUUUGAUUUCUAAUGAACUGUAGAUACUUCAGCCCUACAGCUAAAUAAUGCCUGUAGUGUACACAGACAAAUACUACAAAGUCCUUUGUACUUUGUACCUAAUACUACAAUAUAAGUGUAUUUUGUACUGCUGUUAGGAUUUUCUGAGUAAUUUUUUUCCCCUUAUCUUAUCUUAGUAUCUCAUAAUCACAUGCCAGGAAAGAGUUUCUUCGGGAGUGACUGUGGUAAUGCACCUUUCACCGUUUUUGGUUCAGGAGUCUUGAUUUAAUAUUGCCACGACCUUUAUCACCUUCAGAAGGAAACACAACAAUAUAAUUCUCCAUACAGUGGUGCUAGAACGUUUGUGAACCCUUCAGAAUGU